UGUGUAGGAACCAGUGUGUCUGGUCUCAACACGUCAGGCAAGAGGCUCGGGAUUUAGGGGAAUCACCUCUGAAAGCUAGAAUAAGGUGUUCUUGGGAACUUCAGACUUCUGCGCUGCCCACCCCCCACCCCCACCCCGACGGAAGCCACAGUCAGCAUUGUGUUCUGUGGAAAGCCUGCAGUGGUUUAUCACUGGUGGUGGUUCUGCCCCAGACUCUCCGUCUACACAGUGAGCUGACAGUGACAGCGCUGGAGGGUAGGGGCGGAUGGAGCGGGGAUGUAUAGGGAGACGCGAUCAACACGUGCCAUGGGCUCUCCACAGCAGAAAUAGCCCUGCAUGUGUAGAGAAAUAGACUGCGGAACGGGAUCUCUCUCGAUGGCCACCAACUCUUCUGCGAAAAGAGAAGCUCACGCAGAGGCUGAGGCCAAGGAGCACGCAGCUGCCGUCUGGACGUCUGUGCCAUCGAUGCUGACGUUGGAAGAGUCGUAGACUGUGAAAAUGAACCCGAAGGAGACCUGGUGAAGUCACCUGGACGGGACAUCUGGAGCUCUGACCUUCCGGGGGAGCCGACCGGAUCCAAGGAGCGCCCCGGGCGACAGUGCAGGUACCCGCCGCGGCAGCUCUGGGGCAGAGUGACUACAUCUGGAAGAAGGAAAAAAUGUAGUUAUCGAAUCCAAUCAACUGUUUGUGUCUCUGAAAUUAUCAACCACAUCGGGUCAAGAAAGGUUCUGGUCGGUGCCACAGACGUAUGGCUGUCCAAGAAGCCACAUAAAGAUGGAGAAAUGGAGGCACAGGGAAAUUAAGUGACUUUGCCACAGUCCCAAGCUGGGGAGGACCAGGAAGAGAACGUAGAGGGACCCUGACUCUGGGCCCGCGUCCUGCCCACGGAGCCACGCUGCCUCCCUUCCUAGGAGAGAAGACGCCCCGCAAGAUGGAGGUGGACGCCGAGGAGAAGCGCCAUCGGACACGGUCCAAAGGGGUUCGAGUUCCCGUGGAACCAGCCAUACAGGAGCCCUUCAGCUGUCCCACGCCGGGCUGUGACGGCAGCGGUCACGUCAGUGGCAAAUACGCAAGACACAGAAGCGUGUAUGGCUGCCCCUUGGCUAAAAAAAGAAAAACACAGGAUAAGCAGCCCCAAGAGCCUGCUCCCAAGCGGAAACCAUUCGCCGUGAAAGCCGACAGCUCCUCGGUGGACGAGUGUUAUGAGAGCGAGGGCUCGGAGGACGUGGAUGACAAGGAGGAGGACGAGGAGGAGUACUCGGAGGACGAGGACGAGCGCAGGGAGGAGGACGAGGAGGAUGAGGAAGGCGACCGAGAGGAGGAGGAGGAGCUAGAGGAGGAGGAGGACGAUGACGACGAGGAUGGGGAGGACGUGGAGGACGAGGAGGAGGAUGACGAGGAGGAGGAGGAGGACGACGAGGAGGAGGACGAGAAUGAAGACCAUCAAAUGAACUGUCACAAUACUCGAAUAAUGCAAGACGCAGAAAAGGAUGAUAACAAUAAUGACGAGUACGAUAAUUACGAUGAGCUGGUGGCCAAGUCCUUGUUGAACCUCGGCAAGAUUGCCGAGGACGCAGCCUACCGGGCCAGGACUGAGUCGGAGAUGAACAGCAACACGUCCACCAGCCUGGACGACGGCAGCGACAGGAACGAGACGCUGGGCCGGAAGAGCGAGCUGAGCCUGGAUCUGGACAGCGACGUGGUCAGAGAGACGGUGGACUCCCUGAAGCUGCUCGCGCAGGGACACGGUGUGGUGCUCGCAGACAACCUCGGCGACAGGGCGUAUGCGGACUCUCUGUCGCAGCAGGACAGCAGGAACAUGAACUACGUGAUGUUGGGCAAGCCCAUGAACAACGGGCUCGUGGACAAGAUGGUGGAGGAGAGCGACGAGGAGGUGUGUCUGAGCAGCCUGGAGUGCCUGAGGAAUCAGUGCUUCGAUCUGGCCCGGAAACUGAGCGAGACGAACCCGCAGGACCGGAGCCAGCCCCCCAACAUGAACAUCCGCCAGCACGCCCGUCAGGAGGACGACUUCGCGGGGAGGACGCCGGACAGGAGCUACUCCGACAUGAUGAACCUCAUGCGGCUCGAGGAGCAGCUGAGUCCCAGGUCUAGAACUUUCUCCAGCUGUGCAAAGGAGGACGGGUAUCACGAACGAGAUGACGACACCACCUCCGUGAACUCGGACAGGUCUGAGGAGGUGUUUGACAUGACCAAGGGGAACCUGACCCUCCUGGAGAAAGCCAUCGCUCUGGAGACAGAAAGGGCGAAGGCCAUGAGGGAGAAGAUGGCGAUGGAGGCCGGAAGGCGGGACAAUGCGCGGUCCUAUGAAGAGCAGUCGCCAAGACAGCUUCCCGGGGAGGAGAGAAAGCCUAAGUCCAGUGACAGCCAUGUCAAAAAGCCAUACUAUGGUAAAGAUCCCUCGAGAGCAGAAAAGAAAGAGAGCAAGUGUCCCACCCCGGGGUGUGACGGAACUGGCCACGUAACCGGGCUUUACCCACAUCACCGCAGUUUGUCUGGAUGCCCGCACAAAGAUAGGGUCCCUCCGGAAAUUCUUGCCAUGCAUGAGAAUGUUCUCAAGUGUCCUACUCCGGGCUGCACAGGGCGAGGGCAUGUAAAUAGCAACAGAAACUCGCACAGAAGCCUCUCUGGAUGUCCUAUUGCUGCCGCGGAGAAACUGGCAAAGGCCCAGGAGAAGCACCAGAGCUGCGAUGUGUCCAAGUCCAACCAGGCCUCAGACCGCGUGCUAAGGCCAAUGUGCUUUGUCAAGCAGCUCGAGAUCCCUCACUACGGCUACAGAAACAACGUCCCCACGACCACGCCUCGCUCCAACCUGGCCAAAGAGCUAGAGAAAUAUUCCAAGACCUCGUUUGAGUACAACAGUUACGACAGCCAUACUUACGGCAAGCGGGCCAUAGCCCCCAAGGUGCAAACCAGGGAUAUAUCCCCCAAAGGAUAUGAUGCGAAGCGGUACUGCAAGAACGCCAGCCCCAGCAGCAGCACCACCAGCAGCUACGCGCCCAGCAGCAGCAGCAACCUGAGCUGCGGGGGCGGGAGCAGCGCCAGCAGCACGUGCAGCAAGAGCAGCUUCGACUACGCGCACGACAUGGAGGCGGCGCACAUGGCCGCCACGGCCAUCCUCAACCUGUCCACGCGCUGCCGAGAGAUGCCGCAGAACCUGUCCACCAAGCCGCAGGACCUGUGCGCCGCGCGGAACCCCGACAUGGAGGUGGACGAGAACGGGACUCUGGACCUCAGCAUGAACAAGCCACGGCCGCGGGAGAGCUGCUGCCCGGUCCUGACGCCCCUGGAGCCCAUGUCCCCCCAGCAGCAGGCGGUGAUGGGCGGCCGGUGUUUCCAGCUGGGCGAGGACGACUGCUGGGAGCUGCCCGUGGACUACACCAAGCUGAAGCCCCGCAGGGCGGACGGGGGCGACACCAGCGAGGCCCCCCCGGAAGACUUGGACCCAUUCCAGGAGGCUCUGGAGGAGAGAAGGUACCCGGGAGAGGUGACCAUCCCCAGCCCCAAGCCCAAGUACCCCCAGUGCAAGGAGAGCAAAAAGGACUUAAUAACUCUGUCCGGCUGCCCCCUCGCUGACAAAAGCAUUCGAAGCAUGCUGGCUACCAGCUCACAAGAACUCAAGUGCCCGACCCCCGGCUGCGACGGCUCUGGGCACAUCACCGGCAACUACGCUUCUCAUCGAAGUCUUUCAGGUUGCCCGAGAGCAAAGAAAAGUGGCAUCAGGGUGGCACAGAGCAAGGAAGACAAGGAAGACCAGGAGCCCAUCAGAUGUCCCGUUCCUGGGUGUGACGGCCAGGGCCACAUAACCGGGAAGUACGCCUCCCACCGCAGUGCGUCAGGAUGUCCCUUGGCCGCCAAGAGACAGAAGGAUGGAUACCUCAAUGGCUCCCAGUUCUCCUGGAAGUCGGUCAAGACGGAGGGCAUGUCGUGUCCCACGCCAGGAUGUGACGGGUCGGGCCACGUCAGCGGCAGCUUCCUCACACACCGGAGCUUGUCGGGAUGCCCGCGAGCCACGUCAGCCAUGAAGAAGGCGAAGCUGUCAGGAGAGCAGAUGCUGACCAUCCGACAGCGGGCCAGCAACGGCAUAGAAAAUGAUGAAGAAAUCAAGCAGUUGGAUGAAGAGAUCAAGGAGCUCAACGAGUCCAACUCCCAGAUGGAAGCCGAUAUGAUCAAACUCAGGACUCAGGUAACAAUCACCACGAUGGAGAGCAGCCUGAAGACCAUUGAAGAGGAGAACAAAGUAAUCGAGCAGCAGAAUGAGUCUCUCCUGCACGAGCUGGCCAACCUGAGCCAGUCCCUGAUCCACAGCCUAGCCAACAUCCAGCUGCCGCACAUGGAUCCAAUCAAUGAACAAAAUUUUGAUGCAUACGUGACUACUUUGACGGACAUGUAUACAAAUCAAGAUCGUUAUCAGAGCCCAGAAAAUAAAGCCCUACUGGAAAAUAUAAAGCAAGCUGUAAGAGGAAUUCAGGUCUGAGCAGCUGCUGUAGGUGACGGGAUGUUGUUUAAAAGGAGACCUGUUGUUCUUUGCUGCUGUGAUUCACCAGAAAGUGUUCUAUAUUUAUUUCUGUUUGAAACAGUGUGACGCUUACAAGACUUCAUAAUGAUUUUAUGUCUUGCUUUAAAGAUAGUACCUGCAGAAUAGUUUUCAAUACAUUCACAUUUUGUACGUUUUCAUAUAAGCUGACAUAGUGUGAUAUGCCAUGUAAUGUUUAUAGCUGCUAAUGUAUGCACAUUUGGGGGUAUAUAUAUUUCUGAAGAGGUAAGCGGAUCAAAAUAAAUAGAGUGUAAAUUCUUUUUAAUGCUUUAGUGAUUAAAUGUUUUAGUAUUUUGAACUGAAAUGGACAAAAAAAACAAAAAACAAAAAACAAAAAAAAAAAAAAACCCAGCUUUGAAUGAUCAUGUGGUGACCCCGCAGCCACUUUUUAGACAUUAUCAUUUUGCCUCAUGUUGGAGGAUUUUAUGGAAUUUAAGAAAUAACAUUUUGUGUGCAUAUUGUUUCAUAGCAAGAAUUGGUUGCAAAAAAAUGCUUUAUUUUUGAACAAUGCUUGGAAAUAUUAUGUGAUUUUUUUGUUUGUUUGUUUUAGGAGGAUGGUGUAUGGUGGGGGCAAUAAAUGAGGUUUUUUGCAUUCCAAGGAAAUGGCAUAUGGAUUAACUGUAAGAAAUGAGAUAAGUAAUUUAUUGUAAGACAACAUCAAGCCAUGGAAACUUGGCAGAAGAUUCAAAGCAGCUUAAACAGCACUUUUAAAUUAACUCCUGAGCAUUACAUGGUGUGCCUCUGGGAACUGCAGUUAAGACAGGGGCUUAUGAGAGGUGGACAGCGCGAAGAUUUCCCUUUCCAGUGUCAGUAGACUUUGGAGCAACCUCCCCUUAUCUCCCCGAGAGCUGUGUGCCCCUCUGAAGCGUCUGUCCUUGCAAUGGCGUCUGUCUCACAGAACCUGUGUGCUCUAAUUUAAGUUCAGAGAUAAUUUCAGAGUAUUUAUUUCCCCUCUUUCCACCUUUAGAAAUUAUUACUGUCGUUGUUGCUGUUACUAUGACUUCACAUUCGGGGAAUAAGGCAAAUGAGGCGGGAGUCCUACCGCGGGGCGCUUUCUGCUGGGCGGCGGAGCGCAGCUCAGCGGGGACGCCCGACGCCGAGUGCCCGCACACAGGCCUUUCUGUUCCACCUUCCCCUGGAGACCCGGCGACCACAGGGCCUUUGCAGAGCCUUGCUCUUUGAUUUGUCACGACCUAUUCUAAGAACGAAUGCAAUCAGAUUUUAAGAGUAAUUACCUAUACUUCAGCACUUUUUUGCUUUACACUAGAUCAUCCUAGACUUGCUUAUACUUGGAGAUUUGAUUGUUUUCUUCCAAUGACUGCACUAUAUGUAUGCAUAAGACCACUUUUGAUUGCUGCGCCCUCCCCUUCCGAGUAGUCCCUAGGACGGCGUGUUGUGUCUUCUGGUGUUGACUUGAGUUACAUGUAACGGCAUCUCUUCCCUCCAUGUCUUGAUGUUAUGCAGGAAGUACAGAAGUACUUUAAAAUUUUGUUAUGAAGAAAAAAAAAAAGAUGGGUUUUGUAAAAAUAAAAAAAAAAUAUUUUUAGCAGAACAGGACUUACAGGGUCAUUGUCCCCACAACGUGCCAGUCGACUAUUUGCACUUACCUUGUCCUAUAUAUCCGUACGGAGGUGUGCAAUUCCCGGGGUCAGCAGCCUCGCGAGGCCGGCCCUGGAAAGAUGACAGGAGCCCUCACGGCUGACCCGACGAUGUUGCUAAGGGAGAUUACAGGGAUCUCACAGCAAAUACUGAUACAAUACUCAACCUCGGUAUAUAUAUGUGUAUAAAUAUAUGUACACCCCCAGCGGCACUUUAUACUGUCCACUGUACAAACGCUCACAGUUUUCCGCGAGGACGUUACUAACGAGCUGGGAAAGAUGACGGACCUCCCGGGGCCCUGCGGCGCCCGCCCUGGAGAGCGCCCUCUUUCUGUUGUGCGAUUAGUUGUAGCUGCCGUGCUCAGAAUUGCCUUUUCGAGAGCUGAAGCGAGGUGCUUCUCGGUCACCCGAUGCCAUAUACACCGUCGGGGCCCUGGGCUCCCGGGGGGGCCCUGCCGUUCGUGUGGGCGAAUGCGUUUCCCUGCCGCGAUGUGUCCGCAGCUUCUUUGCCAAUAUAGUAAUGCUUUUAGUAGAGUAAUAGCUAGUAUCAGUUCUGGAUUCUUCUCGUUAUCACCUAUGUACAAUGGAAAGGGGUUUUAAGCACAAAUCUGCUGCUCAUCUAACGUUGGUACAUAAUAUCCAAUCAAGAGUUAUCUGUGACUAUUAUAUAGGGAUCACAAAGUGUCACAUAUUAGAAUGCUGACCUUUCAUACAGAAUUAUUGUGAGUCAUCAGAGUUUAUUUAUUAUAACUUAUUGUUCGUAUUCAUUUCUGAGUUAAUUUAAGUAACCAUUUAUGAAGACAGAAUUUUGUAUAAAUAUUUAUUGUGCUCUCUGUGGAACUGAAGUUUGAUUUAUUUUUGUACUACACGGCAUGGGUUUGUUGACACUUUCAUUUUGCUAUAAAUGUGUGGAAUCACAAGUUGCAGUGAUACUUCAUUUUUAAAUUGUGAACUUUGUACAAAUUUUGUCAUGCUGGAUGUUAACACAUCUUACUCUAAAUAAAAACGGUGUUGCCACA